AUGGAAGAUACGAGCAGAAGACUGGAAAUAGAAUUGGAGGAUGAGCGUGAAAUGGAACGUUUACGUGAGACUAUCAUUAAUUCUGAACAGGAAAUGACAGUUAUUUGUAAGGCUGCACAAGAUCAGUGGUUCGGAGUGAUUAAAACUUGCAAGCAUAGCGUUUAUGUUAAUAAUCUUAACAUAAGAACGAGCAAAAAAGAAUUGGAAGAUCAUUUUGCAAGUUGUGGUACCAUCAUAAUUAUUGAAUUUUGUAAGGAUACAGUUACUAAUCGUUGUAUUGGAAUGAACUCUGCUAGGAUAGAAUUCAAAGAUAUAGCUGCCAAAUUAAAAGCAAUGGAUCUUGCAGGCACAUUUUUAAAGGGUAGUAAAAUUGAUGUAACAAGUGUUCCUGCUCCGGUAGCGCGUUAUAGAAGACGUUACUCUCGCUGUAGACGGUUUAAUUGCCAUCGUUAG